UACAGGCUGCACUCCUUUUGAAAUGUAUCCUUUUCAAUAGCUUUGUGUUUUCAGACACGUUUAGAGUUUUUUCAAGUGAAAUGAUAUGUUGUUUCAAUCUUGUUUGUUUUGGCUCUGGCAAAAUGAAAUAAAAUUGCUUGGUAAUUGUAUAACUUUGUCUAAUCUGAAAUUAAUCGAAACUAAUUUUUUUCAUAAAUAUGCUGUUUACAAAUAGUUUCAUCGCGUGUCUUCUGCAUAGCAAGCAAGUUUAAAACCUCAGUUAGAGCCAAACUGAUAAUGUUGCUUGUUAAGUUUUCAAAAAUGUUUUGCAACAAUUUUCUGUUUUGCUUUCUUUAAACUUUUUUCGACAUAUUUUUUUUCCAUCGCCAGUGGUGCGAAGCUCUGCUCCACCUCUGUGUAAAAAUUACUAACCAAUUCGUCAUAUGAAAUAGCCAAAACAGUUUAAAGUUUCUUCACGUGAUGACCUUGCUUAGGAAAUUGAUUCUUGCCAUAAUUUUUUCGGAAAAUUGCCCGCUCGAAAAAAUCUUAGGAUCAUGUGAACAAUCUCCACCCCCUCGAAUUGUUUUAGAGGGUGUGGUUGGUGGUUUGCAUUUAGUUAUUUUGCUGUUUUGCAAAUUUAACGAUGCGAAUUUUGAUGCAACGGAUAAAAUUCACAUGGGCCAAAUCCUUAUCGGCCUUUGUGUAGUGGAAGACGUUAAAUUUUAGUAUGUGAUGUUAUUUUAUUACAGACACCCUUUGCCAGUCUGCGUCUUCAUCGAUCUUUACUGAAGGUAAUCAGAAGGUCAAAAGUAUCAUAGUAACCGAGGUUACAGUCAGGAGUCCCUUCAUUACGUAUUCCAGUCAAAAUCCUUGGAAUUUUCUAGAUAUGGAAGUGAUAAUGAUAAAAGAAGUGUUGAUGUCAUUUUCAAUUAAAAUCGAUACGGGUUACCUUUCGAUACGGGUUACGUUUCGCCCUUCAUCGAAUGACUAAUUUUUUCUAGCUUUCACCAAUGACUUCCAAGUUCAGUUUGCAAAUUUAGCACGGUAUAAGACUUCGUGAAUGUUUAUGGAAUUCGCGUCAAUCACUCAAUAAUGCUGAUCCUGAAACCUUUACUCAAAUUAAAAGCUAUAGGCCUGUCUGAGUCUUCUCUAGCGCUAUAAGUUACACGCUUUAAAAUGAUAAAAGCUCCUAGCUUAGAAGAGAAAAUGUAUUUGCUCUUUGAUUAAGAAGAACUCAUUUCUCUCAUGUUAACUCUGAGCUCGUGUUCUCUAAGUAAGCUUUACUGAAUCUUCAGUCUAACGUGGAGUGGAGAUCCAUUUGUAUGGCAAAUAUACUCAAAAAUUAGCCGGUUUCGAAAUGGUUCAAAAAUUGUAAAAGUGAAUUAUCACAUGGUCAGAAAAGCGCAAGUUUGAUGAUAUUAAAUCAUGGACGGUGAUAUAAUUUGGUUGGUGCUAGCUGCAAUCAGUGCAUUGGUGUUUGCUGUUGGAAUCGGGGCGAAUGAUGUUGCGAAUGCCUUCGGAGCGUCAGUGGGCUCUGGGGUGCUCACUUUACAACAGGCGUACGUUUUUGGAGCCCUGUUCGAAACACUCGGAGCUUUGAUGCUGGGUGGUGAAACUUCGAAAACUAUCAGCACAGACAUUAUUAUGAUUUCUCAAUUCAAUAGUACGCAAAACAUGCUCAUGGCCGGAGAAGUUGCUGCUUUAGUUGGCGGAAGUACAUGGAUUCAUUUUUGCACCUUCUUAAAGCUACCCAUUUCUGGAACUCACACAAUAGUUGGAGCGACAAUGGGCUUUGCCGUGUUCAGUGAAGGUCUCAAGUCCAUCAACCUCAUAUCGAUGCUCUACCUUAUGAUUGUCUGGCUUAUUUCGCCAAUCCUCGCAGGCGUGAUAUCUGCAGCUCUGUUUUCAAUUAUACGCUUCUUCGUGCUGGAUACAAAAAAUCCCAUGAAACCAGGACUAGCGGCGAUGCCUUUGUUUUACAUGAUCGCCAUAUUUCUCAACUUGCUGUCAAUCCACUUUGUUGAAAAUUCACCUAUAGAAAGACUUUUCGGGAGGACGUUUCCUGUCAUCGCUAGAGCUGCCUUCAGUGGGUUGGUGGCCAUUGUGGUUGCAAUCGUGGUUCGGUUGCUUUUCGUCCCUUUUACACGACGGAAGAUAGAAACACAGCGGAAACUGAUGGAAAACAUGUCUUAUAAGGAGAAAGUGAGGAAGCGUGAGAAUGUGACGGACACUCUGAAGUUCUACUUCAGUCUGAACAGGUGGUCUACUUCCAGCAACAGUGCCCUACAGAGGAGGAGGGACAUGCGCAGGCGGAGACUACAUUUCAAGGCCAUACUGCCUGACAACACGCAGGUUUAUGGGGCUGCUACUCUGUCUGUGAACUCAAUUAGGGACGAGCUUCAAUCGUCGACCUCGCUCGAGAGUAUUGCGUCUGAGAAUUCAAUAUUCCAAGGUGGUUCUUCAGUUUCUUUUUCGGACACUCCGUUCCAGCCUAAGCGACGAUCAAUGAAUAAACAAACCGAUUUCCGAUUUCGUCGCGACGCUGAAUUACUGAAUAACUCAAGUUCAAUUGUAUCUAGUUCUGUUGCGCAAGAAAGUAAUUCAAGAGUUUGCAAAUAUGAGGGUGCGGUUUCUUCGAGGCUGCGUGAUGCUCGGAAAGACGAUCUGAAGAAGAAGAAAGCGAAACUUAGAAGGAAUUCGUACCAAGUGAACAGAAACCUAAGAUAUCAAGUGAUCAACAUUAACAAAAAUUCUGGCGGCAUUUUAAAAAGAUGGAUCCCAGCACCUAACGGGAUUAAAAGAAAGUGCUACUCCUGUCCUGACAGUCUGUUCAACAAAGACCGCUCUUCGAGAGCCCAACUAGACCCAUCUGAGCUGGUAGGGGGCAAUGAGAUGACGUCAUCUAUCUCGACCAACAACCAGGUGUGGUUCUCCAACCCAGAGAUAGAGCAAGAGGAAGAAUAUGCCAAAGGGAGGAGUUAUAGACAGUCACUAAAUGUCAUCAACCAGUUGAAAGAGGACGGGGAGGACAGAAAAAGCAAGAAAUUCCAAGAACCCAAAGAAAUGGGCAAGCGGAUUCUGUUCACGGAGCCAACUCCAGCUGAGUUGGAACUAUUUAGAAACGAGAUCAACAAAAGAGACAAACCUGAGUGUGCUUUCAUAUUCAAACAUCUCCAAAUUCUCACUGCGUGUUUCGCAGCUUUCGCACAUGGUGGAAAUGAUGUCAGCAAUGCAGUGGGACCGCUGGCCACAAUGUUCAUGCUCACCUUCGGAGACGACAGCUGGAACAGUGUGUUGAAGCACGACUGGAACUCCUUAUCCACCGACUGGAAAGUUUCUUUCCUAAUCAGCAACUCACUCAGUCUCUUUGGAGGACUUGGUAUCUCUCUGGGUCUCUGGAUCUGGGGUUACAGAGUCAUCAAGACUCUAGGAGAGGACCUUACUUUCAUAGUCCCCUCUAGCGGGUUCACGAUCGAAAUCGGAACGGCGUUGACUGUCCUGUUAGCGUCGAGUUUUGGAAUUCCAGUGUCUACAACGCAUUGUAAAGUGGCAGCUAUAGUUGGAGUUGGUUAUAUAAGGACGAAUAAGAAUGUAGAUAAGAAGAUCCUGAAGAAGAUUGCGACUGCAUGGGUCGUAACUAUUCCGGCUGCUGCCACUCUGUCGGCUGUGGCAAUGUCGGUUCUGAGGGAGUUUGCGUGAAAUUGAAACGACCGCAUUUCCUAGUUUGUUCAUCCUCAAUCAAAGCCUAGUCGAGCAAUAAUGAAUAGCCAUUAAAAGCAAGGUUGAUCACUGU